CGCACUGAGCAUGCGUGCGACACUGGGUAACUUAAUGGAGGACAAUCUUUCCUACCCAUGGUGAAUUGUGAACAAAUAAUCUUCUGCUUUUGGAGAUUUUGAAGUAGCAAUCACUCAUUACUUGGUCGUCAAGCAAAUGUUUGGCGAUAGACCAGUCGAUUGCGAUCGACCGGUUGGUGACCACUGGAGGAAAGGAAUGCAGUACUGAGGCAGAAGGUUCGUAGUGAGGACGACUGACUACUACUCUGAACUGUGUGUGACACUGGACAACUCCAGGAUGGCAACAGACACUGCAUCCCAGCAGACUCCUGGCUCCAAGAUCAUGACUUUUCACCCUUCCAUGGAGGAGUUUAAGGACUUCAGCCGUUACAUCGCCUACAUGGAGUCACAAGGAGCUCACCGAGCUGGAAUGGCUAAGGUUAUUUCACCCAAAGACUGGAAGCCCAGACGUACUUAUGAUGACAUAGAUGACCUGGUGAUCCCUGCUCCUAUACAGCAAGUGGUGACUGGCCAGUCCGGUCUCUUCACACAGUACAACAUCCAAAAGAAACCCAUGACCGUCCGAGAGUUCCGCAAGACUGCCAACACAGACAAGUUCUGUAACCCCCGAUAUGUGGAUUUUGAUGAGCUGGAGAGAAAGUUUUGGAAGAACCUGACUUUUAACCCCCCUCUCUAUGGAGCAGAUGUCAACGGAACACUCUAUGAUCCAGACGUGACAGAGUGGAACAUUGGUCAUCUGAACACUAUCCUGGACACUGUGGAGAGGGAGAGUGGGAUCAAGAUCAAAGGGGUAAACACUCCUUACCUGUAUUUUGGCAUGUGGAAGAGUACCUUCGCCUGGCACACUGAAGACAUGGAUCUCUACAGCAUCAACUACCUUCACUUUGGAGAGCCCAAGUCCUGGUAUGUUGUUCCCCCUGAACAUGGGAAGAGAUUGGAGCGACUCGCUAAAGGGUUUUUCCCUGGGAGUGCUCAGAGCUGUGAAGCUUUCCUGCGGCACAAGAUGACUCUAAUCUCACCCUCCAUCCUGAAGAAAUACGGCAUACCAUUUGAGAAGAUCACCCAGGAAGCAGGCCAGUUCAUAGUGACCUUCCCUUUUGGCUACCAUGCUGGUUUCAACCACGGCUUCAACUGUGCAGAGUCCACCAACUUUGCCACACAGCGAUGGAUUGAUUAUGGCAAAAUAGCCACACUGUGCUCGUGCCGUAAAGACAUGGUGAAGAUCUCCAUGGAUGUGUUUGUGAGGAAGUUCCAACCAGAUCGCUACAAGGCAUGGAAGGCAGGGAAAGACAACAUUCCUAUUGACCACUCCAAGCCCACGCCAGAGGCUGCUGAGUUCCUGACGGGAGAGAAGACAGGAGAGCCUGGGAAGGAGGGUCCAAGCCUCAGCGAGGCCUCUGACCAGGAGGAGGACACCCCAGGCACCACUGCACAGGAGGAGACUAGCAACCUGAAGCUAAAGGUUGGGAAAAAGCGCCAACGGGAAGCAGUUGUGGAGGCAAAGGAGGAUGAAGACACUGAACAAGCUAAGGAGGAAGGAGAGGUAGCGCAAAAGAAAGUCAAGCUGGAUAAGUGGAGUGGAGGACACACCCCAGCACACAAAGAGCCGAAGCCGGAGGACGUUAAAAAUGAGCUAACAAAGCUACCACCCAACGCACAGACCAACCGAAACACAAACGCCAGCCGAAAGCUAGCACUUCAGAUGAAAGCCAAUAACUCUAUUAAAUCCACUCUAAUUAAGUCUCAGCCACAGACUAACAGUCAGUCAACCCAACCAGCAGUACCAGGCCCCUCCUCCCAGAGCUCAGAGAAGGCCGGCCCCAGUGAGGAUGUGAAGCAUCCAGUACCAGCCAACAGCCCUAGCCCUGCUCACCGACUCUUCCAGAGGACCCUGAGCCCGACAGACGUGCUGCACGUCCACAGCUACGCCAAAGGAGACUACAGCGAGGGAGAGAGCAAGGAGGACAUGAGGAGCAAUAGUAGUGACAGUGAAGCAGAGGAACAGGACGACAGCAAGGGGGCAGAAGAGGUAGCGGAGGAUGAAGGUGUGCAAAGCAAACUGGGGAAGCUGCCUCGCCAUCACCCUCUGAUGAAGGACAGCAUGAGUGACGAGGAGCUGCCAGAGCAGCCCCCAGUAGAAGAGGAUGGGUUAGAGGGAGAGUUGUGGGCCAAGCCCUUUGUCCAUCUGUGGCAGAACAGACCCCCCAGCCUGAAGAGAGAGAAGGAGUACAACCGUCGCAUGGGCCUCCAGGUCCCAUACUGCUCCGUGUGCUCAUUGUUCCAGACCUACCAGCGGACGGAGUGUGCUGAUGACUGUAAGGACACUCCAGUGGUGUUGCCUGGAGGCAGACUGAGGACUAAGCCUCUGAUCGCUGAGAUGUGUUUCACUACCACCACUGAGCCAGAGGAGGGUGCUGAGGAGCAGGCGCUUGGAGCCCUGGCGCCCACCACCCCUCACCUGGAGCCAGACGGCACCAGCCUGCUCAUCAGCUGCUCCCACUGCAGUGUCCGCAUACACACCAGCUGUUAUGGCGUGGAUCCAAAGAUUGUUACUAAGGAUUGGAAGUGUGCUCGCUGUAAGGCCAACGCCAUGACUGAGAGUUGCUGUUUGUGUUCGCUGAGGGGUGGAGCCUUGCAGAAAGCCAACAACAACAAGUGGGUCCAUGUGCUGUGUGCAGUAGCAGUGUUGGAGGCUCGCUUUGUGAACAUCACUGAGAGAAGCCCUGUGGAUCUGAGUGGGAUUCCUCUACAGAGGUUUAAACUGAAAUGUUACUACUGUAAGAAGAGGAUGAAGAAGACGUCCGGGUGCUGUGUGCAGUGUUCCCAUGGCCGCUGUUCUACGGCCUACCACCCUACCUGUGCCCAGGCCGCUGGGGUCCUCAUGCAGCCAGACGAGUGGCCUUUCGUGGUCUACGUCACCUGCUGCCGGCACAAGGGCCCUAUUCAGACAGAGCGUAACAAAGCAGCCAUGCAUGAGCUCACCGUGGGACAGAGGGUGAUCUGUAAGCACAAAAAUGGCCGCUACUACCAGUGUGACGUGGUGCAGCUUUCCAAGGAGACGUUCUAUGAAGUCAACUUUGAUGACGGCUCCUUCAGCGACAACCUCUUUCCCGAGGACAUCGUGAGCCGGAAUUGUGCCCAGCUAGGCCCCCCAUCGCAGGGGGAGGUGGUGCAGGUCCGGUGGACAGAUGGUCUAGUCUACGGGGCCAAGUUUGUGGCUGCUCACGUCAUCCAAAUGUACCAGGUGGAGUUUGAAGACGGGUCACAACUAACAACCAAGAGAGAUGAUGUCUAUACCCUUGAUGAGGAGCUGCCCAAGAGAGUCAAGUCAAGACUGUCCAAAGCGUCAGACAUGCGUUUCGAUGGUAUAUUUGAGGACAAGGAGGCCAUCCAGCAGUCGAAGAGGCAGAGAGUGAUCAACUCACGGUACAGAGGAGACUACAUCGAACCUGUGAUCUACAGAGCCAUCAUGGAGUAGCCUGCCGACUACAGCAUGGAGUAGCCUACUCUACCAACAAAUCACCAGCACUGAUAUUCCUUAUCCAGACUUCAGCUCACAUUACCUUAAUUUAUCCACUGAGUGAGUAAGUGUAGCUCUGACUAAAGGACUUCCUCUGAAAAUAACUGUCCAACCCCUAGUUUAGACUGUCUUUUUCUUCAAUUCAUCCCUUCAUCAUUCCAUCAUUAGGCACUGGUUUCCCAGACACUGUUUAAGCCUUGUCCUGGACCAAAAAUAUCUUUCCAGAACUAGGCUUGAUCUGUGUCCAGGAAACCUGUCCCUAUGGUUAUUACCAUCCAUGUCACAUUUUAUGCUACUCUGCCAGUGCCCAGUAUCAGUAAUUUGUGUAUUGAAUGAAGUGAUAUUGGCCCUUGAUUUUUGCUCCCAAACAAGAUGUAAACUUUCUGAUAAUAACAAUUCACUCAAUAUAAUUCAGUGGUAGGAAGGAAUUCCUCAAGGGAGUGAAGCAGACACAAAAGUUAUUGCCACUCAUCCUCAUAAACACUUGUGUUUUCUGACUCAAUAUUUGACAAUGUUUGCCAGUUGUUAUUUUACGUACAUAUGUAUAUAUUUUCCUAUGUAUAAUGAACAAAAAUAUUAACACAACAUGCAACAAGUUCAAUGAUUUUACUGAGUUACAGUUCAUAUAAGGAAAUCAGUCAAUUGAAAUAAAUAAAUUAGGCCCUAAUCUAUGGAUUUCACAUGACUAGGCAGGGACGCAGCCAUGGGUGGGCCUGGGAGGACAUAAGCUCAUCCACUUGGGAGCUAGGCCCCGCCAAUCAGAACACAAUUUUUGCCCAAAAAAGGGCUUUAUUAUAGACAGAAAUUGGAUGUACUGCCAAAUUCUCUAAAAUGAAGGAAGCAGCUUAUGGUAGAGAAAUGAACAUUACAUUUUCUGGCAAAUGCUCUGGUGGAUAUUCCUGCA